CCCUCUUCCUGCCCCACACCCCCUCCCCUGGACCAAGCACAGCCCAGGCUGUGGCACUGGCUGGGCAGGGUGCUGGCAGAGCCCUCCUGGGGUGUCCCCCACCAUGUCCCCAACAGUUGGUGGUUGGGGAUGUCACAAGGCUGCGGUUGGGGGCACGUGUCCCUGUCACCAAUAUAAGGGUGGCAGUGGGCAAAGCCCCCCAAGACCCAGGGUGCUAGUGGUGUCCCCAGUGUCCUGUGCCAUGCGGCCCUGCCUGCUGAUUGCCCUGGCCCUGCUGGGCACAGUUCCCGUCAGCCGCUCCGCUCUUGCCAGCCCUGCGGUGGAGGAUGAGGAGGACGUGACAGAGCUGGAGAUGCCCGAGGAGUACAGCGGGUGCCGGGGGGCCAGUGACAAGCAGGCACUCGGUGUCCCCAGCAUGCCGGGCACUGCCACCUGCCGCUACGUCGUCAUCUCCCGCUGCCGCACCUUCCGCCAAGCGCAGCGCAUCUGUGCCCGGCGCUACUGCGGGCGCUUGGCCUCGAUCCACGAUUCCCGCACCAACGCGUUCCUGCUGCACCUGGCGCGCCGCAACACCAAUGCCGGCCUGGUCUGGAUCGGUGCCGUCAGCCAGCCCGCCACCCCAUUCCCACACUGCCACUGGACCGACCGGAGCCCUUGGAACUACAGCCGCUGGGUGCACGGGCACCCCCUGCCUGGCCGCUGCUUCUGCACCGCCCUCUGCACCAACAAUGGGCUCUGGAGGAGCGUGAGAUGCAAGAGGCGGCUGCCCUUCAUCUGCGAGAUAUGAGGGGCUCAGCCCCCCUGGGUGCCCCCCUACUGCUGUUCCCCUACAAUGGGCUGCACCCCCUCUCUCGGAGUACAAUAAAGCCUUGGUGUCAGCACUCACUUGGUGUUUGGG